AUGGCCGGAGUACAGCACUACCGCCUGGCUCUGGACCCGAGCCUCCAGAAAGCGAGGGAUGUGACCCUGGGACGCUACAAGUACUUCAAAUUCAACCGACGGAGCGCCCACAUAACCUUCACGUUGGUCUUCAUCGUGCCGACUAUCCUGGGCAUCGUCGCGUACCAGACAGACGGAAAAUUCGACUUUCGAGCGAAGAGGCGGGGCGAUAGCAUUCUCGAGUACUAA